UGCGUUCUCACGUCUGUUACCUAGGCAACCGCCAGAGCCUGAAACGCCGCUGUUAGGAGAAAGAAGAAAAGGUCACCGUCCUGAAGAGAGAAGUCCGGAGCGAACCGAACCGGCAGCAUGCAGCUGAAACACCUGAAGACCCUGCUGAGCCCACAGGACGGAGCAGCGAAGGUCACGUGUAUGACUUGGUCUCACAAUAACGCAAAGUUUGCCGUGUGCACCGUGGACCGCGUGGUUCUGCUGUACGAUGAACACGGAGAGAGGAGGGACAAGUUCUCCACAAAACCUGCUGACGCCAAGUACGGGAAGAAGAGUUACAUGGUAAAGGGUAUGGCCUUCUCCCCGGACUCCACGAAGAUCGCUAUUGGACAGACGGACAACAUAAUUUACGUGUACAGGAUCGGGGAGGACUGGGGAGAUAAGAAGGUGAUCUGUAAUAAAUUCCUUCAGACGAGCGCGGUCACCUGUCUCCUGUGGCCUCUAGAGAACACCAUCGUCUUUGGCCUGGCUGAAGGGAAGAUCCGUCUGGCAAACACCAAGACGAACAAGUCCUCCACCAUCUACGGGACUGAAUCGUACGUCGUGUCCCUGACCUCCAAUAUUUCAGGAAAAGGGAUCUUGUCCGGCCACGCAGACGGCACCAUUGUCCGCUACUUCUUUGAUGAUGAAGGUUCUGGAGAGUCCCAGGGGAAGCUCGCCACCCAUCCCUGCCCCCCGUACGCCCUGGCCUGGGCAUCGAGCAGCAUCGUUGCUGGUGGCUGUGAUAAGAAGCUUGUGGCUUAUGGUCGAGAAGGACAAGUCAUCCAGACCUUUGACUACAGCCGAGACCCUAGUGAGCGGGAGCUGAGCGUGGCCGUCACUAGUCCUAGUGGGCAGUCUGUAGUGGUCGGCAGCCAUGACAGACUGCGAGUGCUGAACUGGAGCGCCCGCCGGGGAUUGUGGGAAGAAUCGCGGCCCAAGGACAUCCCCAACCUGUACAGCAUCACGGCUCUGGCCUGGAAGAGGGACGGCUCCAGACUCUGCGCAGGCACGCUGUGUGGAGGGGUGGAGCAGUUUGACUGUUGCCUGCGACGUUCAAUCUACAAAAAUAAGUUUGAGAUGACCUAUGUUGGACCAAGUCAGGUGAUUGUGAAGAACCUCUCCUCGGGGACCCGUGUGGUGCUGAAGUCUCAUUAUGGAUAUGAGGUCGAUGAGGUGAAGAUUUUGGGGAAGGAUCGAUUCCUGGUCGCUCAUACGUCCGACACUUUGCUUCUCGGAGACCUGGUUUCCAACCGGCUGAGUGAGGUGGCGUGGCCCGGCUCCGGAGGCAAUGAGAAAUUCUUCUUCGAAAAUGAGAAUGUCUGCAUGAUCUUCAAUGCCGGGGAGCUGACCCUGGUGGAGUAUGGCAGUAACGAGGUGCUGGGCAGUGUCCGCACAGAGUUCAUGAACCCCCAUCUCAUCAGUGUGCGGCUGAACGAGCGGAAACAGCGAGGCACGGAGGACAACAAGAAGCUGGCCUACCUCCUAGACAUGAAGAGCAUAGCCAUAGUGGAUCUGGUGUCUGGGUAUAAUUUAGGUAUGGUCACUCAUGACACCAAAAUCGACUGGUUGGAGCUGAAUGAAACCGGACAUAAACUGCUCUUCAGAGAUAAGAAGCUUCGGGUGAGAGGAAUUAUCCGGCCCCAGUCUAAACUAAACGCCCCAUCAUCCCUCUGUGCGCCGCUCCAUCGGGAUCCCGUUAUAUAG